AUGUGGUCAGUCUAUGUUGUAGUCCUGCAGGCAGUAUCUGCGUUACGAAUGGACGAAUGUGAACCGACGGCACUUGGCAUGGAAUCCGGAGCCAUUUCCGAUGCUCAGAUCACUUCCAGUAGCAGUUUCGAUCGACAAAGCGUAGGGCCACAAAACUCCAGGAUACGUACUGAACUCGCCUCAGGUGCAUGGUGUCCGAAACCGCAAAUACACAGUAGCAGUUACGAAUUUCUACAGGUAAUUCUCUAG